AUGGCAGGUCUGGAUGCAAUAAGCGCAAUUCUCGGCAUCCUCAACAUUUCUUUCAACGUUGCAGAGGCUCUGUUCAAGUAUAUCAAAUCGGUGAAACAUGUGGAGGAAGAAAUACGUGACCUCCACCGUCAGAUCGUUGACACAAGCUCCGUGUUAAGAGACAUCCCCGGACUGCUCGAGUUACACUUCGAUUCACGCUCUGGGCUGUUUGCGCACACUACUGUUGAAUGCAUUCUCCGAAACUCGAGCGGGUAUAUGGCGACGCUGUGGGAAAUCAAGGGCAUCUUGAACCCCUUGUGUGCGUCUGGGACUCAUGAGGUCCCUGUUUCGAAGCGUCAUAAGAUGAAAUGGCCAUAUGCAAAAUACAAAAUUGAAGAAUCAUUGACUCGACUGCGGGCUAUCCAAAUCGAACUUCAAUUGACAUUAUCAUUAGCAGCCUGCAACCCAGAGCGUGUCGCUUCCUUUCACCGGGCGUCUCGAAAGAGAGCUGGAAGACCGAGACGAUGGCGAAUGAGUAGAAAUCGCCCGUUCGACUCAUGCUAUGAUCAUGAAAACUAUCCCUUACCCCGAUCAUUCGCAGAAAAUAACCCCUCUAAACCGCCCACCCCUCGGACCCGCGAUGGUGUUGAACCUGGUCCUAGCACGACUAGAUUCGGCCAGAAGACCAAUAUCUUCAAGAGGCUCCGUACAAUCAAUUGGCUACACUUCAUGAACCCUAAGAAACCAAACUCCUUUGAAGACAAUAUUGUGACUGAAGGUUCACAGGUGGAGGAAUGGAUGCUCGAUUUCAGCACAAACGCUUGGAUUCAAUGCGUCGAGUACAGUUACAAUGAUUUACCAACCCGUGGGGAAGAACGGCUCUGGAGACAAUACUCUCAGGAAAAGUUCACGGGUACCGGUUACAAACGAAAACUUCUCUCUAUUCGAUUUCUUAAAAGGGCGAUUCGGGUUGGGAUCCUGCGCAAAUUGGAGGAACCAGUGGCAUUGCAUGUUCAAAUACUUCGAACGGACACAUGCACGCCCAUAAGAUCUCUCCCACAAGAAACUAGUCUCCACGACGUUGGUCAGAGUCUUGGAAGAAGCGAACGGCAUGUGCAAUCUGCGUUGGGACACAGGGAUCCGAUUUCAGGGCGUCCUCAACGACGAGGAGGCCGUCGAAGCAAGUUUAACGCACAAACUUGCGAAAAAGAUUCCCACCUCAAUCAGCGCCAAAAUAAUAAUAGCUCGGGAUACAUCAGCACUCACUCUAAAGAUCAGGCGGAGCAGCCACAACCGAAUAGCAGUCUUGGUGGCCAAAACAGCCAUUUCGGAAUCUAUAAACCCGCAACGCACGUUGUGCCAAACGAAGCCUCCAGGCCGGCACCCUCUCACGACAAGAAGCCACAGGCAGAUUCCACAGACGGCGAUAGCUCGGAUCCCGCACGCGGCGCCACGAGAGGACGAUUUUACCGUUUGCAUCCCAAAAUACGCCGCAAAUCCAAGACUUGGGGAAGCAGGCCACGGCACGGUCCAGCACCAAGCCAGGGUUCAUUCGUAUCACGGGGGCCUCUCUGA